AUGGGUGCUAUGUGGCAAAAAGUUACGCGUUUCACCGAAGAUGAGAUUGAAGCACUUACUAACAACUAUGGCACUCUUAUUGGGAAGGGAGGAUAUGGAGAAGUCUAUAAAGGGAUCCUUGAUGAUCACUACGAUUUAGUUGCAGUGAAGAGAUAUAUCCGUGAAAAUUUGAGGAAAGAGUUUAUGGAAGAAGUAAGCAUCCAUAGUCAAAUGAAUCACAAGAACGUGGUGAAGUUCAUAGGCUAUUGUGUGGGUGAAAGUACUCUAACAUUGGUAACUGAGUAUGUUCCUAAGGGAAACCUCGAUGACAUACUGCACAAUAGUGACACUGCAAUUCCCUUGGAUAUAAGAUUAGGUAUUGCUAUAGGGUGUGCGGAAGCAUUGAGCUACAUGCACUCGAUGCAUUUAUCAAUUGACAGCCUUAUUUGUCAUGGUGAUAUUAAGCCGGCCAACAUACUUCUAGAUGAUAAUUUUACAGCCAAAGUAUCUGAUUUUGGGUUGUCAAGGCUUCUUUUGGGUGGAAUCACUCAAUAUGCUAGCAAGGUAAUAGGAAGUAUAGAUUACAUGGAUCCUGUAUUGAUGCAUACAGGACGACUUACUCCGAGGAAUGAUGUUUAUAGCUUUGGAAUAGUUCUCCUGGAAUUAGUAACUCGGAAAAGAGUAAAACAAGGUGACAUGAAUCUCAUCGGAAUUUUCGAAUGUGCGAAGGGGAAAGGGUUGAGGAAACUAUUUGAUGAAUCAAUAGCAAACAAGAAUACUUUUAAGACUCUUGAAGAAAUUGUGGAACUUGCAAUGGCGUGCCUGAGACUUGACAUAAAAAAUGGCCCUGAAAUGAAUCAUGUGCAAAAAUGUCUUCGGGUUCUUAAGAGAGAUCUGAAGUGCAGACAAGAACAUGCAUCUUCGCAAUCCAUUUUGUCAACACACCAUUCAUGGCACACAAAAGACAAGCAAGAGAGUGCACAGCUUAAUAAGAGUGGUAGCUUUUUCAGAAGAAAUGCUAGCAAUGUUAAGAUUAUAUCAGAAUUCAGCAAUGUAAGAACUUUCACAAAGGCAGAGCUAAAGGAAAUCACAGAUAAUUACUCAGAUAUGCUCAGUGGAGGUAUGCCAGCUAAGUUUUAUAAAGGAAGACUUGAGGACAACACGGUGGUGGCGGUCCGGAAAUUUCGUGACACGGCUUCUCAAGAGGCAUUCAUCAACGGAGGGAUUGUCCUUUCUCAAAUUGCCCACAAGAAUAAUAUUAUCAAGCUUUUGGGUUGUUGCUUGGAAGCCGAAACUCUAGCUUUUAUAUAUGAGUAUGCUGAUAAAGGUAGUUUACUGGACAUUCUGGGUAGCCAAGAAUAUCUCCCACUAGAUCUACGUCUGAGGAUUGCAAUUAAGACUGCAGAAGCAUUACAAUACCUUCAUUCACCAGCAACUGGCAUCAUCGGACAUGGUAGUGUUUCAGCAUCCACUGUACUUCUUCAUGAUAACUUUGUACCAAAGCUCACAGAUUUUUCAGGGGCUUCUAAGCUUAUCGUGGACAGUGGAAGUAAUGCUGGUGACAGUGGAAUUAACAGCGUUCUUCUUGAAAAGGUGCUUGACAGUGACCCAUCUCGUUACAAGACUGUGUUGAUGAAUCUGGAAAGCGAUGUGUACAGGUUUGGCGGUGUUUUAUUGUCACUCAUUAGUAGGGAAAACAAUAUUUGUUUUGAUGACCUUACUGUCGAAUUUACCAAGGCUUACCAAAAGGACAACAGUGGGAAGGCAAUGUUUGAUAAGGAUAUAACAGCUGAACAAGAUAUUGCUGCUCUUGAAGAGAUGGGGAGGUUGGCACUGAGGUGUACUAUUUUGAAUGCAGACGGGAUGGUCAUGAGGCCGACAAUGCAGGAAGUGGCGGAAGAACUACGAAGGAUUAGGAGAUGUUGCAAGCUGCGCACGAGCGAGACAACUCCACAUGUAACUGAAACUACGGCUACAGCUGCGGCACCAUUGGAGCCAAGGCUACCAAACCUGAUGCGCCACUUGUUUGGAUAUCGACGAAUCUCUAUCACUGAUCCUAUACGUACAGGCUAA